AUAUAAUACAUAUGUAUAGCUGGUAGCCAGCUUCAUAUCAUUCGAUCAUGGCUGCUCGUCCUUUUUGUUUUGCCUGUGUAACAAGUCUUCUUGUGCUUGUUCCUGUGCUGCUGCUUUGUUCAUCAUUAGGGAAGGCUCAGACGACGGAGUACUGCACGAAUGUGUUCGAGGAAUUUAGCUCUUGCCUGGGUUUUCUCGGGGAGUUAUCUCCUGAACCGACGGCGGCUUGCUGUGAUUCCCUGACAAGUUUGAAUUCGUUAGCACAACAAGAGGAUAGUGGUCCGAGGAUGAUAUGUGAAUGCAUUGAGAGCUCGUCUUAUUGGACCAGAAUCCCUUUCAGUGCCUCCCGAAUUCAGGAGCUCCCUACAUCAUGCCAACUCCAUCUUAGUUUCCCCAUUUCUAAUAGCAUGGAUUGCUCCAAGCUUAAUUGACAAGAUUAUAAGGUUCAAAAAAUGUAAAGAUGAUAAGCUACUUGGGGGAAAAAGAAAAACAAACACGUAAUGACAUGCAAAAUCCCUGGCCCUAUAAUAUAUGUUGUAUCGAUACAAUGUUACUCACUAUUAAGCAAAUAUAUCAUGUACUAGGAAAAUUCUCACUCUACUGAAGCAAUCUUACAAUA